AUGUCGAUUGCCUCGAAAACCGACUACUCGCUCGUCAACCCACCCCUCCGUAUUCAUUCAACUCCCGGCAUGGCAACACACAAUGUCCGACCCGCCCUGGCAACUAGAACUGCUGCCAACGCCCCUUUGCGUCGCCCUGGCGCUAGCAGACUUUCUGCAUCUUUUCUGCUGCCUUUCAGGCUGUCCAGCCUCUUAGCGCACUAG